UGAUUGUCAAUGUUAAACUUGCCAUAUAUGACUUCCACAAAUUGACUUUUCUCAUAAAAAUGAGACAAAAGAAGAAACAUGGCAGGUCGAAGUGGUGACACUAUAAUGUACAUGUCCGUUGUUGAAGAAGGGGAGGUAACUCACCCUUCAGGAUUAAAUGCUAACAAUGGAACACAUACAAUAGAUAUCGAUUACCAGCCAAAAUCAAGUGAAAACAAGGUUGAUGAAGCACUUCAUGAGCAGAUUAGUCAGAAUGUACAUGUACCUGAAAAAAGACCAUCAGACCAGGUUGAUGAUCAUGAUGGGGAUUUUGCUGUUACAUUUGAUAUGAAAAAUAAAGCGGGAAGCGAAAGCUAUAAGUGUGAGGUAUGUUCUAAGGAGUUUAGACGUCGAAGCAAUCUCUCUAUACAUGUCAAAGCACAUACAGGCGUGAAGCCACACCAGUGUGAUACCUGUGGUAAAGGAUUUGGUUUUAAACAUCAUUUACAUCGACAUAUGAAAAUCCACACGGGGGAGAGACCGUACAUGUGUGGAGUGUGUGGCAAAGGAUUCAAUCAAAAUUCUAUUCUACAAGUACACCUGAUGACACAUACAGGACAAAAAACAUGGGAAUGUGAGGAUUGCGGAAAGUUUUUCAGCUCCACGUCUAGUUUGCGCAUGCACCAUCUGACACAUACAGUUGAGAGGUCAUACAAAUGUGAUGUUUGUGGUAAUGACUUUAUUAGUGCUUUCCAUCUAAAUAGACAUCUUUCAGUUCAUAGAGGAGAUAAGAAGUAUAAAUGUGAGGUGUGUGGAAAAAGAUUUAAUCAAAAUGCAAACCUACAGACACAUCUUGGUACUCAUAGAAGAGAAAGUUCCAAAAGCUGUGACAUGUCGCUCCAUAAAGAUAAGAAUCCAUACCAGUGUAAUGUUUGUGGUAAGAAGUUUAUUAGUGUUCAACACUUGGACAGACAUAACACUAUACAUACUGGAGAAACGCCACACGAUUGUGAAAUCUGUGGAAAAGGAUUUAGUCGAAAACGUUAUCUUCAAAUUCAUAUCAAGAGACAUGACGGAGAGAAGCCACAUGAAUGUGAUGUCUGUGGAAAAAGAUUCAGUAAGAAAGAUCAUCUUCAAACACACUUGAAAAUACAUACAGGAGAAAAGGAAUUCUCAUGUGAUUUCUGUGGAAAAGGAUUCAUUCAAAAAGGAAAUCUGAAGUCACAUAUCAGAACACACACUGGUGAGACAAAAGAAUUCAAAUGUUAUAUAUGUGGUAAGGUUAUGUCACAAUUGGGAAAUCUUCAGGCUCACCUCAGGACCCAUACAGGUGAAAAACCAUUCCGUUGUGAUAUCUGUGAUAAGGAUUUCUGUGAUGCCGGAACUUUAAAAGUUCACUAUAGGACCCAUACCGGAGAGAAACCUUUCAAGUGUGAUAUUUGUGAUAAAAUGUUCAGGGUAGCCACAAGUUUAAGGUCGCAUGUGUUGAUACAUACUGGAGAGAAACUUUAUCCAUGUCAUUUAUGUGAUCAGGGAUUCCAACGAAGAUCCAGCCAUAGGAAGCAUAUGAAGUUACACGAAUCUUCAUAGAGUCCAAUAUCAAGAUACGAA